CUCAUAGGCGCCAAUGGCUAGUUCUUGACAGUAUAAGAACCAUAAAAAUAAAAUGAGAGUGGGAUGUAAUCGCUUCCUCUUACGCCUCUGGCUACAGUGUUGCAACAAUGCUGUAAGUUCAACGUUUUCGAACCAGAUACAAUGUCAAUCGCGAAACUUUAUUCAAUAUUGAUAAUGUAAUGUUUGGAAGUAACAAAAGACGAGUGUUACGUCGUAGUUAAAUCGCCUCGAUAUUUAGAGAGGGGUGUGUGCGCGAAACAUGAGUGCCCAUGUAGCGCAGCUAGGAUGAGUUGUCAUCAGACUUCUACAUGUGCGGGCGACUAUUCUGUACAACAGGAAAACGAACUAGAAGCGCUUGCGUCAACUUUUGGAGAAUAUUUGAAUGCUCUGCGUAAUAACCAUACAUGGAAGAUCAAAAGAACACUAGAUGUAUACAUGUGCCUGCGACCUAAUGGACUACGCAAUGGGAAGGGAAGUUAUGUGACAGUGGACCUGCAGGUCCAAUGCCCACCUACGUUCCCUGAUGUACCUCCAGAGUUUGAGCUGAAGAAUGCCAAAGGUCUCUCCAAUGACAACCUCCAGAGCCUCCAGACACCGCUCACUAAACUGGCUGCAGAGCGAUGUGGGGAGGUGAUGAUCUAUGAGCUGGCCGACCAUGUCCAGGGGUUCCUGAGUGAACACAACAAGCCUCCGUCCAGCUCCUUUCAUGAGGAGAUGCUGAAGGACCAGUGGCUGCAGCAGGAGAGGCUAGCCCUGGAGGAGCAGGAGAAACUGGACCAACGCCGCAGUAAGGAGGAGCAGAUGCAAUUUGAGAUUAUGGCUGAAAUCCAAAGGAGGGGAGAGGAGAAAAGGAAAAAAGACAUUGCCAAACAGGAGCGCCUUGAGGGUAUAGACCAGCCUGCUGUAGACAGUUCUGUAUUGGGCAGCUCAUCUUAUUCCCCUGGGCCUCCACCUGAGCUUACUGAGCCCAGAAGAGGGACCAACCCCCGGACACUGACCAACUCCAACACCCGCCACAGACGGGACACAUACAGCGAGGAUAGCCCACGCUCACGGGAAGUGCUUUACUUCAGCAACAGUACCCUUGGGGAUCUCUUGGUGCAUAGAGGAAAGUGCCUCGAUAAGAGCUUAAAAUUCCCUGUAAAUCUCAUUAUGGUCUGCGUUGUAGUUUACUGUACUGUCAGUGUUGAGUUGUGUGCCUCAAUAUGCUAUGUCUCUCUGGCAGGGGAGAGUGUGAGGCUUGGCCGUAAUGUUUAUAAUGCUUUCGACGCGACCAACGCCCUGAGCUCCAGUGAGAGGGAUGACUGCCUGGUGGUGAACCUGCUGGUAGAGCAUGUGGGGGUCAGCAGCAGUCUGAGCCAGAGCCUGAGCCUGGCCAGUCAGACCGCCAUCCCCCUGGAGCGCCUCCGCCUGUUUACCACCCAGCUCCUGGCUGCCCUUGACUACCUCCACUCCAACUCUGUUGUCCACAAACAGCUGGGCGCCUCCAGCGUGCUGCUGGACCACCUGGGCAACGUGUGACUCACAGACUACAGCCUCUCCAAGAGACUUCAGCAGGCCCGCGUGCGCUUCUGUGAGGACACGCUGCCCACCAAGGCUGGGAAGAAAGGGGACGUGUGGAGCCUGGGGCUGAUGCUGUUGGCACUUAGCCAGGGCGAGGAGGUCAGGGAGUUCCCGGUGUCUGUGCCCACCAGCUUGCCCGCUGACUUCCAGGACUUCCUCAACAGAUGUGUGUGUCUGAAUGAUGCUGACCGCUGGAACACCCAGCAGCUGUUGGACCACCCCUUCCUCAACCCUCCACCCCCGAAGACCCAUCCACAGUGCCAGGACGCUAGUCCAGAAGACAUUGGUGAUGACUUUGCGUCGUCGGUCAUCCCUCACAGUCACAUCCUCAAUGCUCCGUUCAGCACUGGGCUACAGAGGCAGUUCUCACGCUACUUCAACGAGUUUGAGGAGUUACAGUUGCUGGGGAAAGGAGCUUUUGGUGCCGUUAUCAAGGUCCAGAACAAGCUGGAUGGAUGUUACUAUUACUAUGCUGUGAAGCGUAUCCAGGUGAACCCGGCCAGUAAGCAGUUCCGUAGGAUCAAAUGUGAGGUGACGCUGCUGUCACGCCUCAACCAUGAGAACAUCGUCCGCUACUACAACGCCUGGAUCGAGAGGCAUGAGACCCUCUCCACGGGGAUACUGAGCUCAGACAGCACAGAGCCCCGGUGCACAGCGGGGAAACUGCCUCAGGUCCGAGCCCCUUCUCUGGGCCCCAAUGAGCUGGGAAUCUGCAUGCUUGACAACGUGGAGGGUAGCGCCUCACCCCCUGCCCCGGCGAGCUCGGUGGAGUGGAGCACCUCCAUCGAGAGGUCAUCUAGCGCCAAGUGCAGUGGUCACGAGUCCAGUGACAAGGAUGAUGAUGUUUUCUGUGCCUUGUUCCUUCUUGACGUAUUUGUUUUGGUUUGUUUGCGUCUAGCCAUUCAAACAGUGACUCAGAGAGUGACAAUUCUUGACAAUGGAGAUGGCAGCAUAUCCCAGGACGAGCCAAGCAAUAGAAUGGGUGGUGACACGAUAGAGAGCACAGACUCUCUUUACCUUUACAUCCAGAUGGAAUACUGUGAAAAAAGCACUUUACGAGACACCAUUGACCAGGGCCUCCAUCAGGACAACAGUCGCCUGUGGAGGUUCUUCAGGGAGAUCCUGGAUGGCCUGGCCUACAUCCACCAACAGGGGAUGAUUCAUCGAGACCUCAAGCCUGUCAACAUUUUCUUGGACGCUCAGGACUAUGUGAAAAUUGGAGACUUUGGCCUGGCCACAGACCAUCCUGCUAGUGUGAUGCACAAUCGAGAGCAUCCUGGCGGGCUGCAUCACCGCCUGGUACGGCAACUGCUCCGGAAGGCUCUCCAGAGGGUAGUGAGGUCUGCGCAACGCAUCACCGGGGGCAAACUACCUGCCCUCCAGGACACCUACACCACCCGAUGUUACAGGAAGGCCAUAAAGAUCAUCAAGGACAGGCGAGGUCAGUACAGGUGCAUCAAAGCUGGGACCGAGAGACUGAAAAACAGCUUCUAUCUCAAGGCCAUCAGACUGUUAAACAGCCACGAGGACAUCAACUUCCCUGAAGAUUUCCCUGAGUAUAAGAGUGGAACGCAGGCGAGGAAGGACAUGAAGGUUAUUGGCCGGCUGCUGAACCAUGACCUGGCCCUGCGUCCCAUGGCCCAGGAGCUCCUGAAGAGUGAUCUGCUGCCCCCGCCCCAGAUGGAGGAGUCGGAGCUCCACGAGGUCCUGCAGCACACCAUGGCUAACGUCAAUGGCAAGGCCUACCGCACCAUGGUCAACCAGCUGUUCUCCCAGAUCACCUCCCCCGUCAUGGACUACACCUACGAUAUCGACCUCCACAAGGGCAACUUUAAUUUCAACAGUGCCAGAUUGCAACCGUAUGUGUACGAAACAAUCACCAGGAUCUUCAAGAAACAUGGGGCUGUGCGUCUCCAGACUCCCCUGCUCCUCCCCAGGAACAGGAAGCUGUAUGAAGGCAGUUAGCAUUCUUACUUGAUGGACCACAGUGGCAUGCUGGUCACCUUGCCCUACGACCUCCGGAUUGCAUUCACAAGAUUUGUGGCCAGAAAUAAUAUUACCCAUUUCAAGAGGUGGAGCAUUGAGCAUGUGUUCCGGCCCAGAAAGCUGGACAGGGCACACCGCAGGGAACUGCUGGAGUGCUCCUUUGACGUCAUUGUCCCCGUCACUAAUAGCCUGCUGCCUGACGCUGAGACCAUUUUCACCAUCUCAGACAUGAUCCAGGAGUUCAGUGUCCUGCAGGAGAGGAACUACCACAUCUACCUGAACCACACCAGCCUGCUGAAGGCCGUCCUGCUACACAGCGGCAUCCCCGAGGACAAACUGAGCCACGCAUCCAGCAUCCUCUGUGACGCCAUGAGUGAAAAGCUGACCAGGAGAGAGGUGGAGGCCAAGUUCUGUAACCUGUCCCUGUCCAACAACAGUUUGCAGGCUCUGUAUAAAUACAUAGAGCAGAAGGGAGACCUGCAGGACCUGGUCCCCCUCAUCACCUCUCUGACCAGACAGAAGACUGCAGUCACCCAGCUGGCAAAGAAGGGCCUUAAAGACCUGGAGGAACUCACUGGCCUGCUCAGGAGCCUGGGAGUCAAGCUACAGGUGGUGGUAAAUCUGGGUCUGGUUUAUAAGGUGCAACACCAUUGUGGGGUGAUCUUCCAGUUUGUGGCCUUCAUCAAGAAACGCAGACGCGCAGCGCCAGACAUCAUGGCUGCAGGAGGGAGAUACGACCACCUGAUUCUUGAGUUCCGUGGCCCAGCGUCCUCUGCUCCUGUCCCUUCGGCAGUAGGGGCCAGUUUGGCUCUGGACAAAGUCUGUCCUGCCCUGGCCAGCAUGGAAAAGCCGCCCUCUAUCAGUUCGUGUGAUGUGCUGGUGGUACCAGUAGGCCACAUCUCCAUGGGCCGAGCCAUCAACGUGGUCCAGAAGCUGUGGACAGCAGGGGUUUCUACUGAUAUUGUCUAUGACGUGUCACAGUCCCAGGAGACUAUGCUGCAGCACUGUAGACAGGCUGGCAUCACCUGCAUGGCCCUUGUCACAGACAAGGACGGGAACUACAUCAAGGUAAGUCCUUUUGAGAAGGAAAAGCAGUCAGAGAAGAGGAUUCCAGAGUCUGACCUUGUGGACCACAUUGUUCAGAAAUGUCGGACCAAAUUCUUUGAGGAGAGAAAUAUCCGGGAAACCUCUGAGACGGUCGCUCUUCAGAACACCAAAGGGUCACUCGUCAAUGCCUCAGGAUCGUCAGAGCAGCACGGGAGCAGCGCCUCCAGUAACAUCAAGGUGUUACUUAUCUCACCAGAGAAGGUGUCCUCCAGCGCCAGACGGCGCUACGAGACCCAGAUUCAAACCAGAUUGCAUUAUCUCGCUAGCAAUUUACAGAACAAGAGCAAUGACAUCGUUCUGGCUGUGGACCUCCCGAAGGCAACUCUCAUCAACUUCCUGUCAUUGGAGUUUGGAGAUGAGCAGUUCAACAUCAGCGUUAAACAUCUGCUGUCAUGUCUCCCCAAGCAGCGCUAUCUCAGGUCCAUCUGUGAGGAGAUCCACUGCUUCAAAAUCCUAAAAGGGGCUGCUGUGGUGGUUUUGUACAGCGACAAGGACGAUUACUACAAGAUUCUUCUGUGAAACCAAAGAUGUUACUGCUCAGGACAAGCUCCAAGCUGCCCCCAGUACAACAGGCUUCCUGUGGCACUUUUCUAUAUAGAGAAACCGUAUCUGUUUAGAAAGAUGACUUUCCUUUUGAGACUGUGAACCUAAAGGCAAAAGUGAACUUUUAGUGUUAAAUUGUGAUCCAGUUACAAUCAGCUCUGAACCUCACUGCAUUUUGUGCUCCUCCCUACAUCUAGAAGGCAAAAAAAUGGUUUCUAAUCUUCUUACUGUACCUGCCUUAAUGUGUAACGGUUAAUGUACAUUCUGAAGAGGAAUGCUUUUUUGAUUACAGAUAGUGUUGCUAUAUUUCCAAAUAAAUGGCCAAUUCCAUAUUUUUAAAGUGACAUGAUGAAUAAUGGCAUUAAAUCUCAUAUUUC